AUGACUGUUCCUUCUUUAGCUCAAUUCUGUGUUCAACUGCCCAAGGUAGAACUCCAUGCUCACCUUAAUGGAAGCUUGAGUCCUGCUACAAUGCGUGAACUCGUUGAGAGAAAGAAGGCUGACAAACCUGAAUUGGCAGAUUUCCAGAUCCCUGAUUCUCUGGAUACAAUUGACGACUUUUUCCCCCUGUUCAAAUUUAUCUAUCAAAUCACUGACGAUGAAGAAAGUAUCCGUAUUGCUACUCGUAAUAUCAUUAACGAAUUUGCCAAGGAUAAUGUCAAGUACUUGGAAUUGAGAACUACACCUAGAAAGAACGAUGAAACAGGCAUGACCAAGAAAUCGUACCUUGCCGCAGUAACAUCUGUCAUUCAAGAAGCUAGAGAUGACAUUAUUGUCAAGUUGAUCGUUUCUAUUGAUCGUCGCAACAGCCUCGAUGAGGCACAAGAGGUCGUUGAUUUGGCAUUAGCCUUCCGAUCUCAAGGUGUUGUGGGUGUUGAUCUUUGUGGUGAUGUCAAAGCUGGUCUUUUUGAGAACCUAAGACCUGCAUUUGAAAGAGCAAAGCAACACGGAUUUCCAUUGACAUUGCAUUUCAAUGAAGUCAUAGAGAAUGUUGUUGAAUCAUCUUCUUUACUCUCCAUUCAACCAAAUCGUCUGGGCCAUGCUACUUUUCUGGAUGAUUAUUGUAGAAAGACUAUCUAUGGCCAGAAUAUCCCCAUCGAGAUCUGUAUGACCUCCAAUGUCCUUUGUAAAACUGUAAAGACGUUUGAAGAGCAUCAUAUUAAGGAGCUAUUGGUGGAUAAUCAUCCCUUCAUUUUGUGUACUGAUGACAAGGGCGUCUUUUUCUCGGAAUCCUCCAAUGAAUACAAACUGGCUGCUGAGACGUUCAACUUGAGCAAGGAGGAGCUUUUUACCAUCACCCUUCGUUCUGUCGAUGCUAUUUUUGCAGAUGAUACAACCAAGCAAUCAUUGAAGCAAGACUUUCUUCGCUGGAAAGAGGAACAUCAAUCAGAAUUCUAA